CAUGAUGCCACCGGGCAGCCCUUUUUAAGAGAAAAGCCAGGACCGGUGGAAUAGCGACCCCUGAGCAGCAUCCUGGGUGCUGAGCACGGUGCCGAGCGCAGGGAUCCCGCAGCUGCCGUGUUAGAGCAACAUGAGUGAGCGACAAGGUGCUGGCGCGACCAAUGGAAAAGACAAGACAUCUGGCGAAAAUGAUGGGCAGAAGAAAGUUCAAGAAGAAUUCGAUAUUGACAUGGAUGCGCCAGAGACAGAACGCGCAGCUGUGGCCAUUCAGUCUCAGUUCAGAAAAUUCCAGAAGAAAAAGGCUGGGUCCCAGUCUUAGUGGGAAAGCCCCUUCCUAGUAUGCCAGAAGACACCGAAUUCAACCAUCAUCUGUCAAGAAAUUAAAAGAACAACACCCUAGAGAGAAUCCAUCUGCACACAAUACACACAUGCACACCUGUCCUGCAAUGCAUGUACAGAGACCCAUGAUAUUUAUUCCCUCAUAGGAAGGUGUAGACAAUUCAACUGUGGGUGGCUUAAUCUCUGUUUAUCUCUAGUACCAUUCCUCCUGCAGCUAACUCUUGAUGUUGUAAUAAAAUGGAGUUACGAUGCGUGA